AUGACCUGGUCAAGUUGCAUGUACCUGCCUAUCUUGCUGCAGCAGCAGCUGGUGGACGCUGGUGGCCUGUGCGUUUGCAGCCUCGGCCAGCUGGCCCUGCAGGCUGCAUCAUCAAGUGGCUGUUGCCGAGGUGUCCUGCGGGGCUGCUGCCGACUGGAGUGGGCUCCGUUCCCGCGUCGGCACAUCGCGCAGACCAACAGCGAGGACGACUGCCUCUACCUGAACGUGUGGCAGCCGCUCCUCGAGGAGGAGGAGGAUGGCGGUAACGCCGGGUGUGGCAUCUGCGGCCGCUCUCCACUGCUACCGGCCGUGGUCGUGCUGCACGGCGGCCGCUUCCAGUAUGGCGGCGGCGGUGGGCCAUACACCUUCUACGACGGAAAGUACCUCGCCGCGGCGUGGCGCGCCGUGGUCGUGGUGCCGGCGUACCGGGUGGGCGCCUUCGGUUUCCUCAAUGCAGCGCUGCAACCGGACGAGGCCCCUGGCAAUGUCGGUAUCAGGGAUCAGAUGGUCGCUCUGCAGUGGGUGCGCGACAACAUACAUCGAUUUGGAGCCUCACCCUUCCAGGUAACCCUUCUGGGCCAUGAAGCGGGAGCUGCGUCCGUGGGCUACCACCUGCUGUCCAACCGGAGUACCGUGUACUUUCAGCGGGCGGUGAUGAUGGCCGGUUCACCGUACGCUCCUUACCCCGACAACAGCGGCAGUGCCGCCGAGCGCAACGUGCGCGCGCUGGCCAGGGAGCUGCGUUGUCCGGAUUCAUCGGCCGGAAGGGCCGCCGUCGACUGCCUCAGGUCGCGCUCCGUAAGGGCCACUCUCGAAGCAGCCGACGGCGCCGGCAUCGAGUUCGGGCCUAGUUUCCUCUCCCCUCAAACAGUCACGCACGAGCACCAACUGGCAGAAAAUGCCGUGGUGCCAGAGAAGCCCCCCAACAUGCGCGCGCGCUUCAGGCCCCUGGAUUUUAUUGCGGGCUACACCAGCAACGAGGGCGGUCCAUAUGUGGUCGAGAUGUUACGACGUUCGCGACUGCACUUCAGCGACGAGACCAGCGGGCGAGAUGUGCUAGGCCCACUCGUUGACUGGCUCCGGAGGCACGGAGUGCCGGAACCGCACGAGGUGCUCGACUUCUACGGUCUGCACGCGCAGCAGUUCGCGGCCGCUAGGGGCGUCAGCGUGCUCGCGUCCCUAGACGAGCUGCUGGGCGACAUGCACGUCUACUGCCCGGUUAACUUCAUGAUCGAAGAGGCAGCGGCGCUUGGCAGCCGCGUGUUCACGUACGAGUUCACGCACCUUCCUUACUACCGCUGGUGGACCCGCUGGAAGGGAGUUCCCCAGCUGUUGGACCUGGUCUACGCGUCCGGCUUGGUGCGCGCCAUCCAGCACGAGUAUGGGCUCGACCACAGGGAGCUGCGCUUCUCGCAGUACAUGGCCACCAUGUUCGCGGGAUUCGUCUGGAACGGUGAGCCACCACCGGCGACCAACUGGACCCGCUGGGAGACCUUCCAUCGAGGUCCACUAGUCUUUGCGGGCAGCGAGAACAGCAGCUAUACAAAAGCGGCUUCAAUGCCUCACGAGACAAACUGUGCCUUCUGGAGGACGUUCCUCCACCCUCAAGUCACAAGUGCAGCUACGACUAUGAGGAUAUAGUAUUUAUGCA